AUGGUUGCAGAGGGUCCUCACACGCUAAAUGACAGUACCCAGCAUGCAAAUCUGUUCGCCUCAAGUCACCGAUGUCAGCUUAAACGCAAGGAGCUUGAGAUAAAGAACAAGGAUCUCGUCUCUCAGCACAGUGCGCUGCUGAAGAAAAAGAAAGACACCACAGAGUCCCUGAAACGCUCCGUGGCUGCCAAAGAAAAGAAGGUGGACGAGCUGCUUGAGCAGCAAGAGAGUCAGCAGCUGGCUGCCAAACAAGACCGAGACUCGCUGGAGCUGCAGCACAGUCGGCAGAUGAAGGAGCUGCAGGACCAGAUCGACAGACUCAAGUCUGAGAGCAGCAUCCAGGCAAAGUUUGUGGAGCAGCAGAAGAAGAGAGAGCUGCUGAUGGAGCUGCUGUCCCACGUGGAGUCUCUGAGGACGCAGCUGGUCAGUCAGAGGGAGGACAAUGAAGCUGCGAUCGACGGCCUGAUGAAAGAAACGGAGGCAAAGAGAGAAAGUAUGAUUGAAGGGGCACAAAACAAAGUGCAGAAAAAUGUGAAGAAAAAGACGACAAAGAUUCUUCGGAAGGAGCGAGCUCUUCACUUUGAGCGGCUGCAGCAGCUGCCGUUCCUGCUGAAAGAAAGCUGGAUCCUGAUGAAGGAGAAAGAGGUGCUGAUGGACAAAGAUAAAGAUCUCUGCUCUGAGAGGGACCUCCUGAAGAAGGAGCUCAACGAGAUGACCCGGGAGAGCUUCAGCUACAAGAAGGAGGUGAAGCGGCUGGAGGAGACGGUGCGGCAGCUGAGGGGCGAGUUAAAGGACCUGCGCUCCGCCUGUGAGAGCGCGCUGCCUGAGGAAGCAGCUCUCAGACGGAGUCUGGCCCUGGUGACCGAGAAGAGCUGUCAAAAAACCGCCGCGGCAGGUCAGCUGAAGGCCGAAGUCCAGAGGGAGAGCGGCAGGAGGAGGCGUCUGGAGAGCGUCAUACAGGAAGCAGACAUCAUUCUCAGCCACAUCCUGACGGACUCAGAGAAGACGUCUGACACUGAGUGGAAGAUGCAGAGGCUGCUGGAGAUCCUGGAGUGCACGGUCGCCGGGGAACAGGGUCCGAUGUCAAGGACUCUCCUGAGAAGAGCAGGGAAGGACGUGAUCUGCAGACCACUGACCCCAAACCAGCCAGAGCCUCUCCGGCUCCUCAGCAGGCUGAUCCAGAGGCCUCCACCUCCUCGUCUGCAGGCUGCUGAACCAAAUCCAGCCAACAGUAAGAAAAAUGAAAGUUUUUCAUCCCAACACCCUAUUUUAAAAUAAAAUCUUUAGUCACUUAAUUCC